GGACCAACCUCGGCCACAACAGAUAACCUCCGGCACGAGGCUGCGAAUUUUUGAAGGCUGCGAGGUGCGAAGAGAUCGAUACGGAGUGUUGCGGAUUUCGGCCACCGCUGCUGCUGCGCUGAGUCUGUGGAUUUGGAAUUUUAGUAGCGAUUUGCAGGAGAGCGGUGGUGCAGGUUGCGGGUGGAAGAGUAUUGGGAAACGAUGAAUGCCACACAGGCCAUUGCUAGCGGCGGGAGCACGACUCUGCCAUCCCUGUCGCUCUGCCAAUCUUCACCGCGUAAGCAUUCGCGAAAUCUCGCCGUUCGAGUUUCAGGGAAAUGGGGUGCCAGGAAUGAGUGCCAGGGUGUGCGCGUGGCGCGAGAGACGAAGAGGAGGAUGGAGGUGUCGGCAGAAGCGGGAUUUCGAGGUGGAAGCUCGGAGGAGCUUAGUGAUGAGGGGGAGAGGAGGGACUCGGCGGUUUCAGCUGAAGCUGACAGUAGCCCCGCGCUGCCCUUUGCGCUGUACAGUGUGGCCCCGCUGAUGAUUUUGGCUGAUGCCAGUACAGGGUAUUCUCAAGCAAGUUACAAUACCACGCUGGGCCUCUUUCUGUUGUCGUUGCCGGGCGUGUGGUCGCUGGUCAAGCGUGCCACAAAAUCUAAGAUCGUGAAGAAAACUUUUAAUGUGCCAGGUCCCGCAGCGGGAGGGAAAUCCCCAAAGCAGAUAGCAGCAGAGAUAACAUCCUUCUUCACCCGAAAUAAUUUCACGGUGAAGGACCGUAGCGAAGUUGUCGUGUUUGAAGGAGUUAUGACUGCUAGUAGAGGGCAGGCAGCUUUCCUAACUUUCUGCACAUUCGUAAGUUUAGGCAGCGCCGGUCUAGUCCUCUCGAUCGCUAAUCAAGACAUAGGGCAAAAUGCGUAUUAUAUCACUUUGCUCAGUCCUCUGGCAGGCGUAUACUAUUGGAGGAAGGCAACAAGGACUGAGCAGAUUCAAGUGAAGAUCGUAGUAGCAGAUGACGAAACUUCAAGUGAAGUUGUCGUUCAGGGAGAUGAUGAGCAAAUUGAUCGCAUGCGCAGAGAAUUGGAGCUUAUGGAGAAAGGAAUGGUUUAUGUGAAGGGAAUUCUUGAGCAAUGAUAACUGAUCUUGAAGGUGUCUUUUCCUUUGUAGAAAAUGUUGACACAGUUUUGGCGGAGCAUUUUAUUCCAGAUUUGUGUUUCUUUCGAGUCCGUUGUGCUCACAGCAAGAGAGGCUAUUGCUAGCGAGAUUGUAUUGGAUUUAUUAAAAUGUAAUUUUCUAUAUCUUUCCAAUUCAGUUUUCUUUUCUAUUAUAUUUUAACUGGUUGGUUAGAGGUCAUCAAAGUGACCGAUGGAGAUCAGACAGAAUAUAAAUGUCGCACUUGUUUUUAUUAUGCAUACCAGGGUUAUAUGAUCUAAAUGAGGUUUUAACCUGUGAAAUCCCUGACCUCAGUUGAAAAUAAAAUUUCAGGAUAUCAUCCUAGACUCGCUA